UCCAGUUGGGAUUUUAAUAACAGUACACAAAAAGAGCAAACACAAAUAAAGAGUUAAAAUAAUUAUUAUAAUGAAAUGUGCUUCGAGUGUAAAUAAAAGAAAGCGGAAAAGUGUUUAACAAAAAUGUGGUUGCAAUGCCGAAAUAAAAUUAAUGUUUAUUUAUUAAUAUUCAAGCCAACCAGAUGUGCAAUAAAUGUGCUAAAAUUGUGUAAAAUCCAAGCCGUGCAGCUAGUUAAACAAUUAUAACAAAGGUAUUAAAAAUAAAAAAACACGUUCUCAAACAACAAGAGCAUUAAAUCAGCAGCAGCGCCAACAACAACAAUAAUUACAAAUACAACAACGAAGAGUGAACGGCCGCAAAGUCAACAACAGCUGCUCACAGUUUGACAGCAACUGGGUGUCGACGAUCCCCCGCGACGCUCUUCUUACUUUUCCACGGGAAUCCAUGCAUGAGGCCCUUCUCGACAUCUCUCUCUCACUGAAAGCACCGUUCCACGGAGUUCACCGGUGGCGGUGGCCCACAAACGACAACUGCCGGUCCAUCCGCUGGUAAUGUGGCAAAUGCCACCACAGCCCUAGCCGGUGGUAAAAGCUCAAGCAAUAACAUGUAUUCCACCCGCCAAUCUGUAAGCACCACAACCGGUGUACUUAUGGUCGGACCAAAUUUUCGUGUCGGUAAAAAAAUUGGCUGUGGUAAUUUUGGCGAGUUGCGUUUAGGCAAAAAUCUUUACAACAAUGAACAUGUAGCAAUAAAAAUGGAGCCUAUGAAGUCAAAGGCUCCGCAACUACACUUAGAGUAUAGGUUUUAUAAACUAUUAGGAUCACAUGCCGAUAACGCCCCAGAUGGCAUACCACGCAUUUAUCAUUUGGGCACUUGCGGUGGCCGUUACAAUGCCAUGGUUUUAGAGUUAUUGGGAUUAUCAUUAGAAGAUCUCUUCAAUAUUUGCGCCCGUAAAUUUUCACUUAAGACUGUAUUGAUGAUAGCGAAACAACUUCUCCACCGGAUCGAAUAUGUUCAUAGUCGGCACUUAAUAUAUAGGGAUGUGAAACCAGAGAACUUUCUCAUUGGCAGAACGUCAACAAAACGUGAAAAAAUUAUACAUAUAAUUGAUUUCGGUUUGGCCAAAGAAUACAUUGAUUUAGAUACAAAUAGGCAUAUACCAUAUCGGGAGCAUAAGUCCCUAACUGGAACGGCACGUUAUAUGUCAAUCAACACGCAUAUGGGGCGUGAGCAGUCGCGACGCGACGAUCUGGAGGCAUUGGGUCAUAUGUUUAUGUAUUUCUUAAGAGGAUCACUGCCGUGGCAAGGCCUGAAGGCUGAUACACUCAAGGAGAGAUAUCAAAAAAUCGGUGAUACGAAACGAGCAACGCCCAUUGAGGUGCUUUGCGAUGGACAUCCGGAAGAGUUUGCGACAUAUUUGCGUUACGUAAGGCGGUUAGAUUUUUUCGAAACUCCCGACUAUGAUUUUCUGCGAAGACUGUUUCAAGACUUAUUCGAUCGUAAGGGAUACACCGACGAGGGCGAGUUCGACUGGACAGGGAAGACAAUGUCAACGCCCGUCGGAUCUCUGCAAACUGGCCAUGAAGUCAUCAUUUCACCAAAUAAAGAUCGUCAUAAUGUUACGGCUAAGACAAAUGCCAAAGGAGGUGUUGCUGCGUGGCCUGAUGUGCCAAAGCCGGGGGCAACACUGGGCAAUCUAACGCCGGCCGAUCGGCAUGGUUCAGUGCAGGUUGUGAGUUCGACGAAUGGCGAACUAAAUCCGGACGAUCCCACGGCCGGACACUCAAACACGCCCAUCACACAGCAGCCGGAAGUCGAAGUGGUCGAUGAAACAAAUGGUUCCUUAUAUUCCAGAUGUUGUUGUUUCUUUAAACGAAAGAAGAAGAAAUCGACGCGCCAAAAAUGACUAGACGGUGUACAAUGUAGUCCAGAACGCGAGGCAGUGACCCUGCUGCGCGCCACUUCACAUUCAAACUCACGGGAUAGCGUAUUGAAUAAUCCGAGUCAGGAUUAUAUCCAGCAGGCAACGUCGCAGCACACGUUGCGUUAUCCUCCAUCCGCGUCGAUGUUGACGCCAACACCAACUACAAACACACCGACACUUCCGUUGUAAUUUAUAUAAAUAUAAAGCCACAUGCAGAAUGCAAAAUGCAAAAAAUGCAACAAAAAAAAGAAAA